CCCUGAAAGCGUGUUAUUCUCGAAUAUUUUCCCAUACCGUACCGCACGUAUCGCGAAUCUGUAACUUCUUUAAAAUCGAGAAUGCCAAAAGAAGAUUGCAAGUACUGGGACAAGUGCUAUCAGCGCAACCCCGUUCAUUUGUCUAAGUACAAUCAUCCAGAGAUGCCGAAAGAAAACGAAGAAGACAACGUAGAAGGUAGAAAAGUGGCGCCAAAAAGAAGUGCACCCUUACAGCCGGAAGAAAAAGAAGAGGAUACUCCAGCACAGACGGUUGAAAAGGAUGGGCCCAACACAAGUAACCCCAGUAUAGAUAUAGAGAAUGAAGAGGAAGCCAGGGGCAGUUAUGAAUCCGAAACAGCGGAGCUACACAGGGAAGCCAUGACCAACAUAUCCGGAAAAAAUUAUAUGGAGAUCCUGGAGAAGCGCAUUCGAUUGUCCAUUCAGAAAGAGUACGAUAAUCUCUGCGAAUCCAACGAAUUCAUCAGGCACAAAUUCCUUGUCGAAAUGCCGCCAGACUUUUAUGAAUUUUGGAAGUAUGUGGGAAGCUUGAAAUCCGAUCCUGCGAAACCGAAGGAUGCAGGUUUAGAGCAUCUAGACAAAUUAUUCCAAUUGCAAUUAGUGGGUCCCUUCGAGUUUUUAGCCGGCAAAUUUCACGGCGCCAAACUUGGAGAGCCAGGGGACUAUUUGCGACAUUGGCGCUUUUACUAUGAUCCGCCAGAGUUUCAGACGAUCUUCGUGCGUCGUGGCACAGGGAUUCACUACGGCUACUGGCGAGAUGUGCCGCAGGACAAGGAAAAUCUCCUAAUAGCCCGAAACGACUCUGCCUCUGGCUGUGAAUUUAAAUUCGUGGCUGGAAAUGCCUUCGAUGCAUUUCUCUACUACCUUGAGCACGAUUUUGUGGCCACUCCCUUUUCAGCCGGUCAGUUGGCUGGAACCAAAAAGGCCGUGACGAAGUACUUGAGCGACAAUUCCUUGGAAUUUGCACAACUGGACCGCCUUCAGCGGGAGCGCACCAAGAAGGUGGUUGCCAAGACAUUCCACCGAGCUGGGAUUGUUGCGCCCUUCGACCGGAAGACGCAGUUGGGUUACCGUUCUCUGCUCGUCAGCGAUGUCGAGCUUAAGAAAAUGUUAGCCAUGCUGGAGCGUAAGGAAAUCGAUCAAGUAGCUGCCAAGCAAACGGUGCUUGAAAAGCUGCAACCGGUCGCCAAUGCUGCAAAUAUAGCCGUCGAUGAGUCGGACUUCGGUACCGCCCUGGAACUGGGAAUCGAUUUGUUUUGCAGUGGGCAUAAAGAACUGCACUUGCUGACCUCCUCACUGCUGGUACCCGCUUAUUCGAUGCUUUCCCGGCCGCAGUUCAUCGCCAUCGCCAAGGCACACAUGGAGCAACGUAGUCGAGACAUCAACCUCAGUAUUUUUGAAGUACUAAAGUAAUUCGUUUUUUUAUUCCGCAACCGCAACAUUUUUACAAGCAUUAAAACUAGGAAGAACACACCCAAAAUUAGUUUC